UCAUCUUUCCUUGGGGCCAACCAUGCCUGCAUAUCAGGCCAGCAUUCUAAGAUCCCGUGGCUCUCAGGUGUACUAAGCUCAACAAUAAGCCAACAAUGAUAAGGCGUCCACCAAUGGUGGUUUGUUACAUCUGUGGCCGUGAAUAUGGAACAAAAUCUAUUAGCAUCCAUGAACCACAGUGUCUGAAAAAAUGGCACAAUGAAAACAACUUGUUGCCUAAAGAGCUAAGGAGACCAGAACCCAAAAAGCCAGAAGUCAGGACCAUUACUGCCAAAGGGUUCUAUGAUCUGGAUGCCUUAAAUGAAGCUGCUUGGACAAGUGCCCAGAGCCAGCUGGUUCCCUGCAGUAUUUGUGGGCGUACCUUCCUGCCAGACAGACUGAUUGUUCACCAGCGAUCUUGUAAACCUAAGGCCACCAAGUAAAGCCCUUUUCUC